AUGUCUGCCAGGGCCCCUGAUAGAAUGCAGAUUAUGACAGAACUGGUCAACGAAACUGAGGUCAGUCUACUUGAAUGCAAAGUGUGUUUUGAAAAAUAUAGCCAGAAGAAGAAACACCGGCCGAGGAACUUGCCUUGUGGACAUGUUAUAUGCUUGGAGUGUGUGUUCUCUCUAGCACACCCAAGGAAUUUUAGGUUGGAGUGCCCUUUCUGUCGAAGAGCUUGCAAAUCCUCAGAGACAAGUGACUGCUUACCAUUGCUGCACCUGAUAGAGAUCUUAAGCCGCGCAACUAAUAUUCCUUUAGCUUCAGGAACAACAACUGGGACAGGUGAUGAAGCAGCUGUAUCAGCAUCUCUAGGCUUAACGUUCAACCUUUCUUUCGGAGGCUGGGGGAUGCUGAUCAAUCCGACUGGGAUUGCAAUGUGUCGGGGGUCUGACUGUGUAGUAGUGGCACAUGAUGGCAAAAAAAGGAUUAAGCUGUUUGGCUUGAGUGGAAGCUGUAUACAACAGUUUGGGGAAAGAGGAGAUGCAGGCAAUGAUAUUAAAUACCCACUUGACGUGACAGUCACAUUGGAUGGCCAUGUGGUUGUCACAGACAGCGGAGAUCGCUCUGUGAAAGUGUUUGAUUUUAAUGGAAGAGGCAAGCUAAUUAUAAGGGAAUCCUUUUGUUUACCAUGGGGUUUGGAUACCACCCCAGAGAAUGAAAUUAUCCUGUCUGAUCCAGAGGCAGGUGCUCUUUCUCGCUUGACAGCCAAUUUUAAAAAAGGAGAACUAAAGAAGGUUCAGAAGAUCCAGUCUAACUUAUGCAACCCAAGAGAGGUGGCAGUUUCUCAGACUUCUGGAAUUAUCGCUGUAAUAGAGCACCUGAUAGCUAAGGGACCAAACUACAGCAGCACAAGAGUGAAGAUAUUCAGUGCUGACAUGAAACUUAUUGGCCAGAUGGAUAGCUUUGGUCUAAACCUAGUGUUUCCCUCCAAAAUAUAUGCCACUGAUUUGGCCUUCGACAGGGAGGGACACAUAAUAGUAGCAGAUGCCUAUAACCAAGUUGUAUUGUGCUUAGGAAAACCUGAGGAAUUUCCUGUCUUAAGGCCCAUAAUUACCCAAGGGCUUUCUUAUCCUGUGGCAUUGACUUAUACAGCAAACAAUUCUCUGAUUGUCUUAGACAGUGGUGAUCAUUCAAUUAAAGUAUAUACUGCUAGCUGA